AUGGAAAUCGAACAGUUUAGUGCCAUUCACGACAAGAGACUGGUGAAAGAAGAGGACACAGAAAAUAAGAAAAAGGAUAUAACCAUGGAAGAGGAAGAGAGCCUGGAGAGAGAAUUCGCUACAGGUACAACAGCGCAUGGAUUCUCCCGAGCGGCAGAAACCAAAAGUAUUUUCCGCCGAUCAGCUUGGAUUCUGCUCAUCUUGGGCGGCCUCGGUAUGGCGACCUGGAUGAUUUCCCUACGAGUUAUCAAUUAUUUUCAAUAUGAUACUUCUACGGAGAUUACUCUUACCUUUGAGCCCAGGAUGGCUUUUCCUGCGGUGACUAUCUGUAAUUUUAACAGGUACAUGAGAAGAAACCUAAAUGCUGAAGACUACGCCAUCAUCAGUUUGACAGAGGAUGUUUACUCUGGCUACGACAGCGGUUACUCCUAUGGACAAUAUUACUAUAACUACAAUUACUAUUAUGACUAUUCAGGGGAAGGGGAAUCUUCUCCGAGCACCACAACGCAGCCUACAAACAGUAAUUUUAACGAGAGCUGGGGAUAA